CAAAUUAUAUAAUUCACUCUCUUAUCACGAUCCUAAGGUAACAUUUGUCAUAGUCAUGUUACAGAUACAUCUUCCUGCCACCUGCCAAUUCGUUUUUGUAGCAAGGCUGGAUUAAGACCCCCUGUGGGCCCCUGGGUGCUGAAGCUCUAAAGCUCCCCACCCUCUCUCUCUCACACCUCUACCAGUGACAUUUCAACUGCCACCACACACAUACAGAAACACAUACAAAAAAUUAUUCAGUUAAACUGUCAAACUGCAAAACUUUUCAAGUAGUGUUAAUGGCGGGAUAGCAAGCUACUGGCUUCAGUACAAAAAAAGUCACAAAAAUCAUUAAAAUUUCGGUUAAGAUUGGCUAAUAAGGAGACAGUGGAGGAGAAUGCACCAGACUUUGCUUCCAGUGUAAUUUGUACUAUUACAUAUGCUUCAGGCAUAUCUAUUGCUCCUGUUCUGUGGCCUCGCCUAUUCCUGUGGAAGUGCAGAAUAUGAAAUUAAUGGAAAGUGCUGUCCAAUGUGCACACCUGGGACACGUGUUUAUAAACACUGCACGGAGUACACUAGCACCUCCUGUAUACCGUGCAUUCAAAAGUCAUUCAUCGCCUUUUCCAACAAUCUGCCCAAUUGUUUCUCUUGUACAGUGUGUGAGCCAGACUUGGGUUUAAAAACAGAGAGAGAGUGCACCCCCACCUCUGACACAGUGUGUGGGCCUCUGGAUCACCACUACUGCACUAAGACUGAUAACAAGGGGUGCAGCUUUGCGCAGAAACACACCAUCUGCAGGCCUGGACAGUUUAUCAUACACAACGGAACAACAUUGACUAAUACCGAAUGUGGAGACUGUCCUGAUAAAACCUUUUCAGAUGAAUCUUUUUCUGCAUACUGCAAACCACACACAGAUUGCCUGUCCUUCGGACUUCAAGAAAUGACAGCAGGAACAAACACAUCGGAUAGUGAAUGUGGACCAAGAAAUAUUCCUGUUUACAUCAUUAUUGUGCCUGUGAUGCUUGCUUUAGCUGUUAUUUUAGCAAUCAUUUUCAUUUUAAGGAAGUUUCACCCUCUAUCUGAGAGGAAAAAGAAGCCAACCGAUCCGGCAGAAGGAGUCAGAAUGACCAGCACAGACCAGCCACAGGAUGAAGGGAGCAGAAGGCAGAACAUGAAAACAGAUCUGACAGAACGUGAAGGAAUGAACAGGACAAACCAGCCACAGGAUGAAGGGAGCAGAAGGCAGAACGUGGCAACAGAUCUGACAGAACGUGAAGGAAUGAACAGCACAAACCAGCCACAGGAUGAAGGUAAAGGAGCACAUGACUUUAUGGGGAAAUAACAAAGACUGAUAAAAAUACUAUUAGGUGGGCUGCGUGCAGCUAGUACUGCCCCUGAUACAUGGAAUUGUUCUGCUACGUUAAAACCAUUUAGAUUCUUUACAUUUUAAUGAGGGGUGGGCCCGGGUAAUGUAUUCUUUUACCAAUUGAACACAAUUAUGAAGAUGAAUUUGCUUGAAGGAUGUAUUUGGUUUCACAAAUUAUAGGAAAGAAUUAGAAAAUGAAUUUUUUCUGUGUAAUCUCAUCAUAUUGCUGCCCAAGUUUUCUAUCCAUAAAUGUAAGGUGUUAAAAAUUAAGCCCUAUUUUUGUACCUUUAAAAAGGAAGCAGAGUCCUACAUUAUCUAGAACAUUAUCU